UCUACUCUUUCUGUCAUUGAUAUCUUUCCUGUAGGUGGGUGACGGUACUGCAUAUAAUAUUCCAAACUGGGGCUCACUGUCAUCUUAAAAACUCAAACAUAAGAUCAUAAUACUUUGAUUUAUGAAGGUCAAUGUGCCAAAACCUCUCUACCCGGAUUGCCACUUUCAGGGAAUUAUGGAUCUGUAUUCUCAGAUCCCUCUUUCCUACUGCAUUCCUCAGUGCCCUACCAUUCACUGUGUGGGAACUAAACUGGUUUGUCCUCCCAAAGUGUUGACACCUCACACUUGUCUACAUUAAAUCCCAUCUGUCAUUUUGUAGGCCCUGUAUGCAGGGGAUCCUUGAUGAUGGAUACUGCUUUCUUGUGUCAGUGCUCCUUGUGGAAGUGCUAAUGAUAAGGAGGGCUCUUUCUAUGUUGGACUGGGCUGUAUCCACUACUUUGGUAGACUUUUUCAUUCCUAGGCAUUGGGGUUUCCAUACCAAGCCAUGUUGCAAUCAAUCUGGGUCGUCUCCACUGUUCAAAAGACUUUCGUCAAAAUUUUAGUUGAUGUGUCAAAUCUACGCAGUCCUCUAAGAAAGCAGAGGCUCCGUUGUGCCGCCUUUGUGAUGCCACUGACAUGCUGGUCCCAAGACAACUGCAGACUCCACACUCAGUGAUCCGUGCCAAACUCACACCAUCCUGGACCAGCCUUGGAGGAAAAUGGGUUGUUCCAAAACUAAAUGCACUGGUGGGCAGUGGAAGUUUGACAGCAACCUUGUCGAUAAAUGGUACAGAUUUAGCAGUUCUGGAGCAUGGAAGAUACCCGAGACGGCCGUUUGUGGUCAUCGCUGCUCCGGGAAGAAACCAGGCUGGUUGAACGGUCCCCAUCCCAACGUGGGAGAGGGGGAGGUGACCAGGACCGUCUGCUUCACUGUGGGUGAAGACACCUGCCAUUGGAAACAGGAGAUCAGGGUGAAAAACUGCACUCGUUACUUUGUGUAUCAGCUGAAGCCAACACCCUGCUGUAAAUAUGUGUACUGUACAGUCAUAGACUCUGCACUCAGUGAUCCCUGUGAAACCUACAUUGACCUGGAUCAGCCCUGGAGGAGCACCAACUGUUCCCACACUCAGUGCAGUGAUGGACAAUGGAUGGACGAUGGAAAUCUUGAAGUGGGAUGGUACAGAUUUAACAGUUCCGGAGGACGAAAGAUUCCCGAGACGGUUGUUCAUGGUCAUCGCUGCUCGGGGGAGAACCCAGGCUGGUUAAAUGGUUCCCACCCCAGCGUGGGAGAACAGGAGGUGCACAGGAGUGUCUGUUUCAGCUCAGGUGAAAAUACCUGUUCCUGGAGCUUGGAGAUCAAGGUGAAAAACUGCCCCGGUUACUUUGUAUACUGGCUGAAGCCAACCCCUGCAAAUCACACUGUGUAUUGCACAGCCGCAGACUCAGCACCUGGUGAUCUGUGUGUGACCCACACCAUCCUGGAUCAGCCCUGGAGGAGCACCAUUUGUAACAACACUGAGUGUACCAGUGGAGAAUGGAUGGGUGAUGGAAAUCUUACAGUGGGAUGGUACAGAUUUAACAGUUCCAGUGGACAGAAGAUUCCUGAGAUGACUGUUCGUGGUCAUCGCUGCUCCGGGAAGAAACCAGGCUGGUUAAAUGGUCCCCAUCCCGGCUUGGGAGAGGGGGAGGUGACCAGGACCGUCUGCUUCACUGAUGGUGACGACACCUGUGACCAGAGCCAGGAGAUCAGGGUGAAAAACUGCUCUGGUUACUUUGUGUAUCGACUGUGGCCGACACCGGAAGCUGAUGCUGUCUACUGUAUGACUGCAGAAUCCACACUCGGUGAUCCGUGUGUGACCCACACCGUCCUGGAUCAGCCCUGGAGGAGCACGAAUUGUUCCAACACUGAGCACACUGAUGGGCAAUGGAAGGGUGAUGAAAAUCUUGAAGUUGGAUGGUACAGAUUUAACAGUUCCGGUGGAUGGAAGAUCCCUGAGACGGUUGUUCCACAGGGUCACUGUUCCGGGGACUACUCAGGCUGGUUAAACGGUCCCCAUCCCAGCGUGGGAGAGGGGGAGGUGACAAGGACCGUCUGCUUCACUGAGGGUGAAGACCCAUGUUCCUGGGACCAGCAGAUCAGGGUGAAAAACUGCACCGGUUACUUUGUGUAUCGGCUGUGGCCGACACGGGAAGCUGAUGCUGUCUACUGUACAGAUACUGCAUAUUGUGAUCCGUGUGUAACCCACACCGUCCUGGAUCAGCCCUGUAGGAGCACGAGUUGUUGCAGCACUUCGUGUACCGGUGGACAAUGGAUGGAUGAUGGAAAUCUUGAAGUGGGAUGGUAUAGAUUUAACAGUUCUGGAGGAUGGAAAAUUCCCGAAAUGGUCGUUCCACCCUAUCACUGCUCCGGGGAGUACCCAGGCUGGUUAAACGGUUCCCAUCCCAAUGUGGGAGAGGGGGAGGUGACCAGGACCGUCUGUUUCACUGUGGGUGAAAACACCUGUUACCAGAGACGGGAGAUCAGGGUGAAGAACUGCUCCGGUUACUUUGUGUAUCGGCUGUGGCCGACACCCUCGGAUAACACUGUGUACUGUACAGAUUCUGGAACUUCCACAGGGGAACAGUCUGAAGGGUCGCCCACCAGAGAUUUUUCCCCAGCAGGAGACACAACCACAGGUCCUGGGACUUCCACAGGGAAACAGUCUGGAAGGUCAUCCACUGGAGAUUUUUCCCAGGAAACUUCUUCAGUCCCAGCUCGAGAUACAGCCUCAGAUCCGCCGAAUUCCAAAGGGAGCAGCCGGAAGCCGUCCUCUGGCCCAGAGAAAGAGACGUGCUCAGUGAAGGGGCUCCUGUCAAAGAACGAGUGUGAGGAGAUGAUCAACAGUGCCCAAGUGUUCAUUAUUGGGAAGAACAAACUGGGAAACCCCGAGGAGCGAGAGGUCUACAUCCGUCAGGUGCGUGAGAUGCUGAUGGAACAGCUCCCCUGCAAGCACGUCCUGUCCAAGAGUGAACACGACAAUGGGGGAGGGAAUUGAGAAGGAAGGUGUCAGAUAGUGAUCUUCCAACGUGUCACAGGCUGAUGGACGGUGGUGACGUGUGUGAGGUGUUCGUGGGGUGUGGAGUGGGGUACCAGGUGGUGGUUGUGGGAAGAUGGUGGGAAAUCUAAAUGUCAGUGAAAUAUCUGCAUGAGCGUGUAUCUGGUUGUUCUUCUGUCAUCUCUGUAGCUUAUUAACAAACAAGUUACUCUUCUGUUAGUUACCGAUUUGCAUUAUUUCUCAGUUCAAUGUAAUAAUGGCUUUAAUCCAAGUAAUGAAAGACACAUUAGUGUUCCUGUAAUGUGGCUCCAAUUAUUUCUGUAUUUCUUAUGCAACCAAUGAUAUUGUGUUACUGGAGGAUGUACCACUGUUUUACUUCUACAUUGAUCAGUAAUUAAAAUUAAUACAAUAAAGACAUAACGUUCAUGCACAUGUUGCCGGAUAACUUGCUGAUAAAGGAGACCAACCUGCACAGGCUACAGUGGUGGUAAUGGUAAUAGUGAGGGUAGUCUGAGGUUACCAGAAGGCAUAGGAGCAGAAUUAGGCCAUUCGACUCAUCAAUUCUGCUCUCCCAUUGCA